UUUCAUCAUUGUCCUUUUCAAAUUCAUCCCCCUCUCUCUCUCUCCGCCUGGACUGUUCCCUGAUGCUCACGAUUACGGCCUAUAAUCAAACCCUAACUUUCUCUCUCUAAGCAUACCCACACACACACUCUCUCUCUCUCUCUCUCUCUCUACAAUUCUAUCCAGUCGACCUCAUUUGACCCCAAGAAUCCCGUGAUUUCUGGCUAGUCUUCAAUCAAGGGCAUGUGCUGGUGAUUAUAUAGAUUUUUUUUAUAUAUAAUAAUUGGAGCUGUCAUUUGAUUCGCUCUGCCAUUUACAUGGGCUGUUGAUGGUACAUGGAUGAUUCAAGCAGCGGGGAAUAACAUACAUGUGUCUGCUUUCCCAUGCACGUGUUUUUUCAUAUUGGUUUGAUUUGGAAAUGGCAAAAGGUACCAGGGGACGACGCAGGAUUGCUUCACGACAGUACAGGCCAACCCCGUACCCAUUGCCAUCACGUAAUCAGGAUGUAUCAAUGGUCACGAACCCAAAGAAACAUUCGAAAAUUUUGGAGAAGAAAGACUGGGAAAAUGCUACCUGUUCUGUAUGCAUGGAGUAUCCCCACAACGCUGUUCUUCUCUUGUGUUCCUCUCAUGACAAGGGAUGCCAUCCCUACAUGUGUGGCACUAGUUCUCGCUAUUCUAACUGCCUUGAUCAGUACAAGAAAGCCUACACAAAAGUGAAAUCAACCCAUCAUGACCAAGCCUCGCACAGGUCAGCUGAUAAUCCAAUUGUGGUGGGCUCAGUUUCUAGUUUGCCUGUUGAAAAGCUUGAAGUAACAGAGCUUGCAUGCCCUCUUUGCAGAGGUCAGGUGAAGGGUUGGACCAUGGUUGAACCCGCACGGCAAUAUCUGAAUGCUAAGAAGAGAAGCUGUAUGCAGGAUAACUGCUCAUUUGUCGGAACUUACAAAGAGCUUAGGAAACAUGUGAGGGAAGAGCACCCUUCUGCUCGGCCACGGGAAGUGGAUCCUAAUCUUGAACAAAAAUGGACACGGCUUGAGCAUGAGCGAGAACGAGAGGAUGUGAUAAGCACGAUAAGAUCGUCGAUGCCUGGGGCAAUGGUUUUGGGUGAUUAUGUGAUAGAAGGAAGUCAUUACGGGUUUGAUUCAGAUGAAGAGGAUGAUUUUGAUGUGAAUGUAGCAGAGAGGAAUGAGGGUUUGGAACUGGGAAUUGAUAGCAAUUUGGUUGAUGUCUUUUUCUUAUUCCAUGCAUUUAGACCAACAGGGAAUCUUGGUCAGAAUAGAGGGAUGCGUCGGCAGGAGAUAGAUUUGAACCGCACAUUGGAUGAAGUUGAUGGGUUCGAUUUGUCUGAUCAGGACAGUGACAGUGACGAUGAUGAUGGUGCCAAUGAGGGUAUGUCCUUGGUUGGUCGUCUUCGUCGCCAAGGCAGGGUUCUACUGGGACAGUCGGGAAGGAGACGAAGGCGUAGAGAGGUUGGUUAGUGGGGGCCAGAGAUAGAUCUAAAUGGUGAUGAAAAAUAAUGGAAUUUGGAGAAGAUUCUUAGGUCUGUUAAUUUAAGAGUAGAGAGAAAAAAAGAAAUUAUUAUUUCCUUUACAUUAUUUUCUUUUAAUCUGUGAUUAUUGGUUGUGCAGUAGAAUGACUGGAAAAUGGAAGGUGGAAAAGGCUGUUUUCCCACCGUUGUGCUAUUCUUAAUUUGUAAUUUGUGUGUUUUAUACUGUAAAAAUUGUAUUUUACAAUGUUAAGAAAAACUUUGCUAUAAGUAUUUUUUAUUUAGUUA